AUGAAGGGCACUUCAUCACUUGUCAGCCUUCUGGCUGCUCUGCCAGCGGUGCGAGGAGCCGCCUUUGCUGGCCCUUCGCCAACAUCUACCAGUCCGAACCUUGCUUUGGGUGGCAUGUCCUCGAAGCCAACUGCUCCACCGUCGAUUGAAGAGCUUCGAAAACGACAGACAAACCUCUACCCCGAGACAUGCGGCUGGAUAGAUGGCGUAUACUCAAAUUCCGUGACAUGCCCGGGAUCACGCACAUGCAUGCAAUACACUGGAGGCGCUGGAAUGAUCGGAUGUUGCGACAGUGCCAACACUGUCGACUGUGGCUGGGCAAGUUCCUGCAUCGACGCCGCAGCAUACAGGUCUGGGUGUGGCACGAGCUGCGUCCUCAACACUUUCAUACAAAAGUGCACAGAGUCCACUCUGCCAUACUGCGCCACCUGGACUUUCCCCAGCAACGGUGUCAUUGGCUACGGAUGCGUUGCCUACUCAGAGACCAACAUUGCGACAGUUCUGCAGCGCGCCACUGAUGACCUCGGCGCCACAACGAGCAUGACCCUAGCCACCGUUGUAGCGAACCCUGCUGUCACAGGAUCAGGCAGCGGCACAUCGAGUCGGAGGAGGAAGACGCUCGCCAUCGGCGUCAUAGUUGGUAUCGUUGUAGUUGCAAUCUUCGUAAUCUGUUGCAUCGCAGUUGGCAUCUUCAUUUGCCUGAAGAAGAAGAGAAAGCAACGCGAGAUUGCAGCGAGUGCCCAGGCCAUGGCUGCAGUCCAUGCAACGCGUCCACAGUCGCAGUUCCCGCCACAGCAACAGGGAUCUCAGUAUCCUGCGCAACCGCCACAACAGCAAGCUCCUCCACAUCAAAUGCAGAUGCAGCAACCGAGUCUUUUCCACCCGUCUGCCAAUCAACAGGGCCUUGCGCCGGCUGCUCCACCCUACUUCCCACAUGGCCAAGAGAGUAAACCGGGAGCAUACAUGUCAGUGCAGGAGUAUCCUUCGACGCCAGUGUCGCCUGUUGUCUCGAGCCCCUCUACCCCAGCGCCGGUGUACGCUCAACCGCAUGGUGUGCCUCCUCCCAUGCCGGUGGUCAGCCAAUAUCAAAUGAACCCCGAUGCGCAUGAGGUUGAUGCGGUGAGUGUGCCGCACGUCCCGGGCCAGGGGGGACAGGUGCAUGAGAUAGGGAAUGGAAAAUAG